UGCCGGGACGCAUUACUAGGGCGACGGGCCGGACGCCUCCCGCUUCGGGAUGAAUUAGCGGCGGGUUUUGCUCGGAGGUUGUGCCCCCUACGGAUUCUCCAGUUCGUCCACGCGACCCCCACGGCGACGCGCGACGUCCUCUGCUGGUCACAGAAUCAUGGUGUCAUGGAAAGGGAUUUACUUUAUACUCACUCUAUUUUGCGGAAGUUUUUUCGGAAGCAUUUUUAUGCUCGGCCCCUUUUUACCUUUGAUGUUUGUAAGCCCAUCUUGGUAUCGCUGGAUCAACAACCGCCUUGUGGCAACCUGGCUCACACUGCCUGUGGCAUUGCUGGAGACCAUUUUUGGUAUAAAAGUGAUUAUAACAGGUGAUGCGUUUGUUCCUGGGGAAAGAAGUGUCAUUAUCAUGAAUCAUCGGACAAGAAUGGACUGGCUGUUCCUGUGGAACUGUCUGAUGAGAUAUAGCUACCUCAGAUUGGAGAAAAUUUGCCUCAAAGCUAGUCUCAAAAGUGUUCCUGGAUUUGGUUGGGCCAUGCAGGCUGCUGCCUAUAUCUUCAUUCAUAGGAAAUGGAAGGAUGACCAGAGCCAUUUUGAAGACAUUAUUGAUUAUUUUUGUGAUAUCCGUGAACCGCUUCAACUCCUCAUAUUCCCAGAAGGAACCGAUCUCACAGAAAACAGCAAGGCUCGAAGUAAUGAUUUUGCUGAAAAGAAUGGACUUCAGAAGUAUGAGUAUGUCUUACACCCAAGAACUACAGGCUUUACUUUUGUGGUAGAACGUCUAAGAGAAGGUAAGAACCUCGACGCUGUCCACGACAUCACGGUGGCGUACCCGCACAAUAUUCCUCAGACAGAGAAGCACCUCCUCCUCGGGGACUUCCCCAAGGAGAUCCACUUCCACGUGCACCGGUACCCAGUAGACACCCUCCCUGAGUCCAGGGAGGACCUCCAGCUCUGGUGCCACAGGCGCUGGGAGGAAAAGGAAGAGAGGCUGCGCUCCUUCUACCAAGGGGAGAAGAAUUUUCAGUUUACGGGAGAGACUGUAAUUCCACCUUGCAAGUCUGAGCUCAGGGUCCUUGUGCUCAAAUUGCUCUCCAUACUUUACUGGACCCUGUUCAGCCCUGCAAUGUGCCUACUCCUAUAUCUGUACAGUCCUGUUCGGUGGUAUUUUAUAAUCACCAUGGUUAUCUUUGUGCUGUUAGAGAGAAUAUUUGGUGGACUGGAGAUCGUUGAACUUGCAUGUUACCGGUUUUUGCACAAACAGUCACACUUAAAUAUACGGAAAAAUGAGUGAGAUCAUAAGGUUCACAGUGUAACAACCAAGGGGAUGUUUUGGAAAUGUGUCAAGCCUUUGUAAACAGAGAUGCAUUUUUGCAUGACCAUGUCAAAUAUUUCUACUACCAUCAUUAUUUGUUAAAGAUAUUUUGCACUUAGUUUUGUGGGAAAAUAUUGCUACACACGAUUUUUUUUUUUUUAAUCUCUGAAUGUAAUUUCAAUACGCAUAGCAGGGAGCGAUCGCUGUAAAAUAACUCGGGCCAGAGUAUUCCUAAGCAACCACCAGGCUGUUAGCAGACAAGGGACACACAAGAUUUUCCUAGAGGCCCAAUCCUAUUUCCUAACAAACUCCCCAGACAAGAGGCAGAUCCGGGGCUUGGGAGCACGGGCUCAGAUCAAGUGCUGGCACUUGACUGUGGAGGUGAGAGCCCUUCCUCCCGGUUCCCUCCCCAGGCUCAUUUCUCUGCCAAUCAAACCACUGCAUCCUGCAUUAAGGCCAGGAAACAGAAAUCCCUGUCCUUCAACCAACCACCCAUUUUGAUAGGAAGCCCUUCCUUAUUCAUAAAACCUUGGCACUCAGCCUUGCACUUACCGAGACAUCAGAAGACCACCUGUGCCCUUUCUUCCCAUGGGUAGUAAGACCUGGACAUUUCUCAGGGAGCAACCACAGGCUCUCCACUUGGAAACCUUAGUUUGGAUUUGUACAGAUAGGAACGCAGAGAGUUUAGUUCACUUCUACUUACUCUUGCAUGCUCCCAGCUGGUUUCCUUACCGCUCGUUGGCAGGGGUAGCUUUUUCCGCGUGACAUCAUGUCACUUACCUUUCUAAAGGAAUGCGUGGAAGGUCCUGUUACUGCAGUCAGAAAUUCUUGAAGUGGUGUCCUUUGAAAUAGUUCUUUAAAACCUGCCCCAAAAGGAAGGUUAUUGUAUUUUCUGUAGGUGCAUGGGUAUCUAACAUCUGUGUUAAAGCAACACUGGCAGCACUCGGCCCUCGCAGCCUCACAGAUUUGAUAACAGGAAAAUGAACGCCUUUUUAAUGAUAAUGAGGGCUCUCGCUCUCUCUUUUUAGUUCCAGCCUUCCUGUUUCAGUACUAAAAUUUAAAUCCACCUUUGACCAAUUGUUUGCCUAAAUAUUCCCGGCAUUUGGAGUCCAUGGAAAAUCCAGCAAACCAACAGCACCAGUCUCCUUCUGAGGUGGAAGAAAUGCGUGGUCAUGGUUUCCACCCUGCUGGAGCUGUGCACUAAUGUUUCUGUCCUAUGAUGGGGACGCUGGUCAGAGCGGCAGGAAACACGAAGCAGUUAAAAGUCUUGAGCUGUUCGCAGACCUGUCUGCUUUAUUCCUGCCUUCAAAUGGCCUCAAAAGCUAUUGCUAUAUGUACCCUUUUGGCAUGAAUGCCUUCUCCUUAAUUACAACCCAUUUUUGCUCAACGGUGACUUUUACCCAACAGUUGAAACGUGCAUUGCCAGGAGAGGUAAGCACACUGUGAGCCGAACUUACAGAGAAGGUCCAGGUUGCGCGCAAAACACCGUUGACACGUCACUAAUGAGCGCGCGCGCGCGGGCAGGCACCGGCCUGUAUUUAACCGCUCCCCCCAGGCCGUUUCCACGCCUGCCAGGAGCUAUUCAGUAGUUAUUACGCACAUCUGCUCCGGACCCAGUGGGCUAAUCCCGUGGUUUUUAAGGUGUUUUUCUUUUUUAACCUUUUUUUUUUUUCCUGAAUAAAAGAGGUUUCUAAUUGAGGUCUCUCUCAGACCGCCUUUUGGUUAUAUCUGGAAACACACAGAGUUUUACAGUCAGCCCUGCAUUUGUCCUGGGCAAUGGAGAAAAGCCGCAUCUUCUACCCCCACACGUGUUUAUACUGGAGCCCACCUGGCCGCUUCUCGACUCCUUGUUCGAGGUAACCUCCAUAGGAUGGCGUGAAACCUGUACAAGAGGAAAGCUCUUUUCUUUCCUUUUUAAAAAAAUGUUUUCUUUGGAUCAUAAAAGACAUGUUUAAGAUAAAAUGCAAACUUUGUUUUACUACCCAAAAUUCAUAUGUACCCAAACUUGGGAAUACAGACAUCGUACCUGCUUUCAGAAUCAAAAGUGAUAACUUCAAAGAGAAAAAAGUUGCUUCUUUUUGUUUUUUUUUCUGGUUUUGUUUUUUGGGGUCUUGUGUUUUUGCAGUAAGGCUUCUUUUAAAGUCGUAAUUCUUUAUGUUCCUACAUAUUUGCCUUUUUCUUUUAAAAAAUUUUAAAGAAAUAUUCAGCGAAUGAUUUGGAACUUAGAGCUUUGUAAAAUUGGUAAAAAAAAAAAAUAAGUAGAAAUUAACUUUCAUGUCGUGAUCUGCUUCAGGAAUGAGACCUCCACCCCCUCCCACCUCAUCUCUCUGCACUCAGAGCAGCUGCGUGUGCUGCUGAGUCUAGCCCACGCUUCCCACUGGAUGCUCUUUCAGUCCUUUGAAGAUCAGCUCAGUGGGCUGCAAAACGUUUACAGUACCAUCUCUCCAACUGUUCAGUCUUUACCAUUCAGAAACGUUGUAAACAAGCAAAUGUGGUUUGUAUGGGAUGUGAACCAUUAUGCUUAAAAUAGGAAACUAUGGGGAAGGGCGCUGAUGUGGUCACAGGUUCUUCCACCAGAAAGCUCUGAUGAGAGGCCCAAAUCAGUAGACGAACGUGGUAAAGGACCAGAGGAAAAUGUUAAGCAGAGCCCAUAAUUUCAAACUCCUAUUAAAAUCCUUCCUUGUUUGUAACACUACUAACACACAGAUUAGGGAGAAAUACCAGCUUCCACUCACAUCACUUUGACAUUAGUCACUUCCCAGCACCACGUCAGGAGCUGGACGUUGGAGGCCAAGACUGAAUUCUGCAGAAAGGGUGACGUGCCCAUUGCACCUGGCCUGCAGGCUCUGGGCCCAACCGUGAUGCCCCUGUGCACUUUUAUAAUAGAGACUCAAAUGGAGGGAGCCUGUUGGUAUUAAAUUGUUUACAUUUCUUUGUAUAAAUAACGUGCUUUCAGUGCCUUAGUUAUGGGUCCCUUUCUUUUUCUUGUUCCAAGAAUUCUACAAUGUGUUUCUUAGGUAAAAGUCUUUUUGCUAUUGACUGGGAGGAAAAUGGUUUGUAAACACUGGUCACUGUGGUAAACACUACUUUGUGGGGACAUCUGGAGAGGAGAGCUUGAUGCUGAGGUAGCCUUUGCCUUAGAGCUAUUAUUUAUGCUGUAGGAAACAAACACGGUCUUGUCACACGAUGAGCUUCAGAUUGGAGAUGGCCCAAAAGUUGUCUUGUACCAACCUUAAGCUUUUAUUUCAGAAGAGAAUCUCGGUUUUGGUAAUUUAUUUUUUAAAAGAUUAUGUACAAAACAAAUUUUAAAAAUAACUCACAGAAUGGCCUUAGUUUUCAAUGUCCACUAGUAUGUUUAAGAGUCGUGUUAUCUGUAAUUUACAUCCCAGAAUAAAGUGGUAUGAAUCAGAUCGAGUUUGCCCAUGUAUCCUGUUUCUGGUUUUGCCCGAAUGACUGUGUGCUCCUGUGUUUUCCCAUAUUGUUACAGCCUUACUGUAUGUAGUAUUAAGGAGGAGCUCAUCAGUUAGGACUCUUUCACAGAUGUUUAAAAAAAACAAAUGCACAUACAAAAAGGGAAUAUACCGCUUCCAUAAUUGAAAAAGUCUAGGGGCCACAGUUGAAUUCAGGCCUCAGUGAAUGUCAUGAGAACUUGGUUUUCUUCCAUUUCUGUCAAUUCAGCCCUGAGGGCAAUUUGGUCAUUUCACACUUGUGGGGUUGUAAUGGCAAAUACCAGCACCACCAGAUUUAAGAGGUAAAUGGAACUCUAUGCGUCCCCCAUCACUGUUAGGGAGUAUGUAACUGUGAAAGCAAAUCUUCUAGCAAAGCUUGACAGAUGCAUGAAAAUGUGCUUAGCAAAUACAUACACACGCACGCACAUGAAAAUCAUGGAACUGAAGGGUAGCAGAAUAUGCCACCCUAAAAUAUGACUAGUUAAGCACGUGCCACCCAAAAUAGACCACGUUGGUAUAUUGGUUUUGAGCUGUAGGCACUUGAAAAGCAGCAAUUGGAGGGAAAGGCUUUCUCUGAACUGCCUGAAGACCAGUUCUCCAAAAAGACUCAAUGGCCAUAUUAUGCUAAACUAAAUAAGUCAUUCAGGACAAUUAUCAUAUGACCUCAUUGAUAUGUGGAGUUUAAGAAACAAAGCAGGUGAUCAUCAGGGAAGAGAGGAAAAAAACAAGAUGAAACCAGAGAGGGAGACAAACCAUAAGAGACUCUUA